UGGCCCCAAGAGCAUCAAUGGGAUCAAUGGGAUCCACACUGGGAUCAAUGGGAUCCACACUGGGAGCCAGUGUGAGCACUGGGAUCCAUACUGGGAUCAAUGUAAUCAAUGGGAUCCAUACUGGGAGCACUGGGAUCCCGAAUGGGAUCAAUGGGAUCCAUACUGGGAGCACUGGGAUCCAUACUGGGAUCAAUGUCACCAAUGGGAUCCACACUGGGAGCACUGGGAUCCAGAUUGGGAUCAAUGGGAUCAAUGGGAUCCACACUGGGGUCAAUGGGAUCCACACUGGGAGCACUGGGAUCCAGAUUGGGAUCAAUGGGAUCAAUGGGAUCCACACUGGGAGCACUGGGAUCCACACUGGGAUCCAUUGGGAGCACUGAGAUCCAUACUGGGAUCAAUGGGAUCAAUGAGACCCGCACUGGGAGCACUGGGAUCCAUUGGGAGCACUGGGAGCACUGGGAUCGAUGGGAUCCCCGGGAUGUCCCCUUCCCCCCUGCUCCCCUCCCCCUCCCCGCAGCUGCCGUGGGGGGAGGGGCAGCAGGUGCGGGUCCCCCCCCCCCCCCCCUUCCCGUUUCUAUUCCCGGUUAUUCCCGAGAAAGGGCACGAGGCGCCUCAAGGCGGGGGGAGGGGCGAGGAAGGGGGCGGGGCCCAACCCCCCCGCCCCCCCCCCAAGGGGGGCAAUAAAACCCCCCGCGAUUGGACGGAGCCUCCAUCGACCCCCCCCAUCGGCAAGGAGACAAUGGCCCCCAGGAAGGCGAAGCGCCGCGCGGCCGAGGGCAGCUCCAAUGUCUUCUCCAUGUUCGACCAGACCCAGAUCCAGGAGUUCAAGGAGGCCUUCACGGUCAUUGACCAGAACCGGGAUGGGAUCAUUGAUAAGGACGACCUGAGGGAGACCUUUGCCGCCAUGGGCCGGCUGAACGUGAAGAACGAGGAGCUGGACGCGAUGAUCAAGGAGGCGUCGGGACCCAUCAACUUCACCGUGUUCCUCACCAUGUUCGGGGAGAAGCUCAAGGGUGCUGACCCCGAGGAUGUCAUCAUGGGAGCGUUCAAGGUGCUGGACCCCGAUGGGAAGGGAUCCAUCAAGAAGACCUUCCUGGAGGAGCUCCUGACCACCCAGUGUGACCGGUUCACCCCCGAGGAGAUCCGGAACAUGUGGGCCGCCUUCCCCCCCGACGUGGCCGGCAACGUGGACUACAAGAACAUCUGCUACAUCAUCACGCACGGGGAGGACAAGGAGGGCGAGUGAGGGGGGGACCCCCAACCCCAUCGCCGCAGGCACCCCCGGCAGCAGAGACCCCCCAUUGCCUCCAAUGGGACAGCCCAGACCCACAGAUCCCCCCCCAUUGGCUCAAUGGAACCUCCCGUCCCCUCCCAUUGGCUCAAUGGAACCUCCCGCCCUCCCCUCAUUGGCUCAAUGGAACCUCCCGCCCCCCCCAUUGGCUCAAUGGAACCUCCCGCCCUCCCCUCAUUGGCUCAAUGGAACCUCCUGCCCUCCCCUCAUUGGCUCAAUGGAACCUCCCGCCCCCCCGUCAUUGGCUCAAUGGAACCUCCCGCCCCCCCCAUUGGAACAUACCAAACCCGAGGGGGGGGGGAUCCCUCCAAGCCCCCAUUGGUCCUAUGGGACCCCCAACACUCAAAGGACCCCCCCAAGAACAUGGGGGACCCCCCCCAGACCCCAAAGGGCGCCCAUUGGGUCCUAUGGAGCCCCCCUUGUUCCUUUGGGCCCCCCAAGUUGGGGUCCCUGUUGCUUGAUGGGAAUAAAUUGACCCUUUU